AUGAAAUAAUUUCCAAUAUAAUAAGCAAGAAAUCUUGUGAAUGAAUUCUUUGACUUUGUUGCAAAAGCAGUAAGUCCAUUUCAUGUCACAUCUCUAUGUAAAGAGAGAUUAGCAAAAUCAGGAUUUACAGAAUUGAAUGAAACAGAAAAUUGGAAAUUGGAAAAAGGUGGUAAAUAUUUCUUCACAAGAAAUCUUACAACUAUUGUUGCCUUCACUAUUGGUUAAUAGUUUGAUCCAAAUAAUACUGGAUUUAAAAUCAUAGGUGCUCACACAGAUAGUCCAUGUUUAAGAUUAGCACCAGUUUCUAAAUUAGAUUCAAAUGGAUUCUUAUAAACUUGUGUUUCUACUUAUGGGGGUGGCUUAUGGCAUACUUGGUUUGAUAGAGAAUUAACAUUGGGAGGUCGAAUUGUUUUUAAAAAAGAUAAUGUUUAUUAGAGUUAAUUAUUCCAUCAUUAAAAACCAUUGUUAAAGAUUCCAAAUUUGGCUAUUCAUCUAACCACUGAUAGAAAUAGCUUUGCUCCUAAUAGUAAAUAUUUAUAUAGAAAAUUAGAUGAAUCAAAUUUAAGACCUGUGUUUGCCUAAGAAGCCUAUUAGACAUUGACUGGAAUUGAAAAACCAAACACUGAAGGACAAACAAGUUUCGAAAAUAAACACUAUAAACAUUUACUUAAUUUGAUUACAGAAUAGACAGGAAUCCCAACUUCUGACAUUUUAGAUGUUGACUUAUAUUUCUCAGAUUGUCAACCACCUUCAUAUUUUGGUUUAAAUCAAGAGUUCAUUUCUGCUGCUAGAAUUGAUAACUUAUUUUCAAGUUUCUUCUCACUUUUAGCCAUUACAAAUCCAGAAAGUAUCACAGAAGACCAAACAUUUAUUAAUAUGAUCUGUCUUUAUGAUCAUGAAGAAGUGGGCUCAUAAAGUGCCCAAGGAGCAGAUUCUUCAUUGCUAUCCAAUAACAUGAAAAGAAUUUAUGAUAUCCUAUCCAAUCCUAAUUAAACCUCUAUUGAUAGUUUUUAUAAAGCAAUUUAAAAGAGCUUUUUAAUUUCUUCGGAUAUGGCUCAUUCAAUUCAUCCAAAUUAUUCAGACAAACAUCAACAAAAUCAUAGAGUAAAAAUGAAUGAAGGAAUUGUUAUCAAAGUCAAUCAUAAUUAAAGAUAUGCUACAGAUGGUGUUUCAUCAGCAAUACUUAGAGUAAUCGCUUAAUAAGCUAAUGUCCCAAUCUAAGACUUUAUUGUUAGAAACGAUUCUCCUUGCGGAUCAACAAUUGGCCCUUUAUAAGGUUUCAAUUCAAUUUAUAAAUUUAGCCUCAAACACUGGUAUCAAAACUAUUGACAUUGGAGCAGCCUAGUGGGGUAUGCAUUCCAUUAGAGAAACUGCAGGAGUUGUCGAUGGUUAUUAUUUGGAAAAACUAUUUGUUUAAUUUUUCAAACAAUAUGAAAAAAUUGAUCAUACAUUGCUUGGGAUUUGA